UGCACUACCUUGUUUUCAACCCUAAUGAUUGAGAGUUUUGAUGAUUUGUCAUCUCUACCAGAAAAUUUCCUCAGAAAUAAUUGUCUCCUCACGAGCUUGAAGAUCAAAUCUUGCCAGACACUUCAGCUCCUUGGUUCAGGUUUCAGAUGCCUGACUUCCCUUAAAUCCCUGAACAUUCAAUGGUGUGAACAACUCUCCUUGCUGCCAGAAGGAUUUGAAAACCUCAAUGCUUUGGAGUGUUUCGAAAUCAGUGACUGCCACAGUAUUGAAACUCUUCCAGAGAAUCCAAUUGGAGGUUUGAUAUCUCUUCAGAUCUUGUCAAUUGAGAACUGCAGUAGACUGAGUUCCGUAUCAGUUGGACUUCAAUAUCUUAUAGCUCUCAAACACUUAAACAUUAUGUACCGUCCAAAUCUAGCUGGUUUGCCAGAUAGUUUAGAGCACCUUACCUCCCUUUUAAGUUUGGCCAUCAUAUACCGCCCUCUGAUAGAAUGUUUGCCCUUGAGAACUCUAGCAAUAUCAGAAUGCCCUAAUAUAAAAUCUUUGCCUGUUGCUUUUCGACACCUGACAAAACUCCAGCAACUGUCUAUUCAAGACUGCCCCGAUCUCCAAAGUUGUUGCCAGGGAGAUAGAGGUGAAGAUUGGUGGAAAGUUUCUCAUGUCCCGCAUAAAUAUAUCUUCUCAUCUCAGAAGCUGAGCCAGUAAUUCAGGUUACCAGCCUCUUGGCUUGAAAAGUGUCUCUUUUGCAAAUUAAGGUCACUUGGCUUUAAUGUCUUUCUUGAAAUGCCUGAACUGUUGAAAUAAUGUCUUAACUUGAAGCGACGGAGAUAGCCAAAUUACAGCUAUGUAAAAGCAUGCUUCUGCAACUUCAAUGCUGGUUCCUUCUGUUGUUUAUCUGAUGCAAAGUACCGCUCUGUUUCUUAUCUGCGUUCUUAUGAUGAUUGUUGAAUCUAGUACUCAAUUUGGUGCUAUGGGCUAUGGCCUUAGCCCUUAGGCCAAGAAGUCGGAAAAACAU